CGAAAAACAACAAAAGUAAAGACAUUGACAGAGGUCAGAGGGAACCUAUGGAUUCUCAGCAGCGGCGGCGGCGCCGUCGCCGUUUGGCGGCGCUGAUUUCUUCGUUGGUCGCUGAAAUCCUCUCUCUCCUCCUCCUCCUUUUCCCUCCUUCUUCUAACCCUCUUUCAAUUUCAAACGGCGGGGUUGGGGUUCCAGUUUCCGAUCAACACGACGUCGUCCUCCCUCUCCUCCUCCAUUUUCUCUCCACCUCCGAAAUUGCCGCCACGCUGUCCCUCCAUUCCAAGAAACGCAAGUUUUCGGGGCCCGAUUUGGACGACCCGGAACCGACGCUGAGUCAACUCGUCCGAGUGGAAUCGGUGAAGCGGCGGAACCCGGACUCGUUUAAGCAGUUUUUCAACAUGAAUUCCUCCACCUUCGAGUGGCUGUGUGGGCUCUUAGAGCCGCUCCUGGAGUGCCGCGACCCAGUUGACUCGCCUCUCAACCUCGCCGCCGAGACCCGGCUCGGAAUCGGGCUCUUCCGCCUCGCCAGCGGCGCCGAUUUCCGGGAAAUCGCUAACCAAUUCCGCGUCUCCGUCUCCGCAUCCAAAUUUUGCGUCAAGCAGCUCUGCCGGGUCCUCUGCACCAAUUUCCGAUUCUGGGUCGGGUUCCCCAGCCCGAACGAGCUCCAAUCCGUGUCAACUCAGUUCCAAACCCUCACCGGAAUGUCCAAUUGCUGCGGAGUUAUCCAAUGCGCCAGGUUCAACAUCAGAAGAAACAAUAAAGAAGACACCAUAGCAGCUCAAAUCGUUGUGGACUCAUCCUCGAGAAUUCUAAGCAUCAUAGCGGGCUUUCGCGGCCAAAAGGGGGAUACCCAGAUCCUAAAGUCUUCAACUUUAUACAAGGAUAUAGAAAAGGGGGCAUUAUUGAAUUCGCCGCCGAUGUAUAUAAACGGAGUGGCUAUACCCCAGUAUUUUGCCGGUGAAGGAUCCUACCCUUUACUCCCAUGGCUAAUGCUACCUUUCCCUUGCAGUGUCCCCGGGUCGAAUGAGGGGAAUUUCAACAAUGCGCUUCGAAUUAUGCUCUUAUCAGCCCUUAAAGCCAUUGCAAGCUUGAGGAAUUGGGGUGUCUUGAACAGGUCAAUUGAGGCAGAGGAUAAGAUUGCAGUUGCAUAUAUUGGUGCUUGCUCAAUUUUGCAUAAUAUGCUACUUAUGAGGGAGGAUUUCUCAGCGUUUAUUGACGGGCGGGACGAGCAUUCUUUGCAGUAUUGUCAGAGCUCUCAGUUUCCUGAACAGACUUCUCCUCAGAAGAUGGCAUUGGCAUCUGCUAUAAGAGCUGCAUUGGCCACAAAAGUUAGUGAACAACACUCGAGGCCGCAAUGAGAAAAGGGAUUCAACAAUUUUGAGGACUGCAAAUCAUAUCUUUCUCAUUUUAGACUAUCCUGCAAGCAUUUCUUUGUUUCGAUUCACUUAGGGAGCUGAUAUUAUUCAUCUUUUUUCUGGAUUUUACACUCAUGACCAUAGUUCCUAGUUUUCACAUUAACAUCUGAAUAUGAUAACAGAGCCACUCUGAUGUGCUAGUUGUCUUCAUAGUAGUGGGAAUUGCAAUUAUACCCAGUACAGAUUUGAAAUAGAAAUUUUAUUUACAUAUUUGCAAGUUGUACUCAUUGUUCUAACUCUAGUUCAUUACUGCAAUUUGUUUUCUCGGAAUUCUACUGCAAUGUUCCACUUGUUCUAUCAAGUAUCCUAUUUUGCUGAUU